GUUCAGAGAGGAGAAAUGUACGAGUGCAACUUUCACAGCCAUCAGUUUUCAAAGAGUUGAGCCUGGAUAAUCAAAAUAUAUAUAUAUAUAUAUAUAUUUAUAUAAAUAUACACACAAUCCACAACAAGAGGAUUCUGAGUUUGGGAUAAAAAGAAUUAAUAAUAAAUUAUUCAAUAAAAUUAAAGAAGCUGGACUAUUGUCAACUUUGGGACUUGUUUUAGUUUUGUACACGGUUGCAAGAGAGGAAAAAGAGAAGAGAUCUGAGAGAUCUGAGGUAAGGCCCGACGGCUGAUCUGCUCCUCGCUGAAAGAAAAAGCACACAGGCUGGUCCUGAUGGCAGGCUCUCAGGGCUCAGCCAGCACUGGACACUGGCUUUAGGAGCCCACGAGACGUUCCCUUCAACCAAGAACAUUUCACAGCUCGUGUGCCCAUGAGGUCGUCGACGCCGGUCCUGCUCUUCCUGAUCAGCGUCCAGGCUGCACUCAACAUGGUGGGAAACGCCCACUUACAUGAACCAGCCAAUCAGAAGGCAGGAAACCAGGACUUGACCCACGAUGACCUCAUUCCCACAGUUGACCCUAAACUGUUCAACAAGCGCCGUUACCGAUCACCCCGUGUGCUCUUCAGUGACGUAGUGCCCCCCAAUGGCCAUUCAGAGCCUCGGAGUCCUCGUACACGGCGAAGAGUGCGAGACUUCCAGAACCGCGGCGAAUACUCCGCCUGCGACAGCGAAAACCACUGGGUGGGAAACAUGACCCGGGCAACGGACUUAGCAGGAAACGAAGUGAUGGUGCUCCCUGACGUUCGCAUCAACAACGUGGUCAAGAAGCAGAUGUUUUAUGAAACUACAUGCCGUGUCACAAAUCGUGGCCCAACCCACCGUGGGAUGAAGGCGGGAACAACCGGGUGUCGUGGGAUCGAUAACAAGCGCUGGAACUCCUAUUGUACCAAUACACACACGUAUGUUCGGGCGCUAACUUCUUUCAAGAAUCAGGUCACCUGGAGGUUCAUCAGAAUUAAUGCCGCAUGUGUGUGCGUGGUCAGUCGAAAAUCGUGGAAACACUGAUUCACAAGUCAUUUCACCUGUUUCCCGAGUGCAUGAAUCGCGGUCGUGCUUGCGGAGAAAGCUCGUUCUCUGGAAAUAGCUGGAUGCGCUAAUUGUUGGUCCGAACCCACCCAUCCAUCUUCUCCGGAAAGAAAAAAACCACACGCAUACAAAUUGUACUGCCAAUUCAGCAUACCAGACUCCUUACCCCCCUUUUAUUUUUUUUUCCACCUACAACACCCUGACCCUGUCCUGCCCUACCUCACACUGUAAAUUAUUGGUCUGUUAAGUUAUGAUGACUGCAUGACAUAUUUAUAUAGUUUAUACAAGCAAAAAAUAUUAAAUAUGUAUUUGUAUAUACAGUAUACAUCCGGAAAGCAAGCAUAUGUUGUGUCAUUGAUGUUGUUCAUGCUGUUAUUUAUUAAACACUUCAGUACAGUG